CCUUUCAUUGUUUUCCUUCUUACCGUCCAAGCAGAUUGUAAAAGUGAAAUCUCCGUUUAAACGUUCCAGUAAAAUGGCGGGCGGAAACUAGACUUUCAUUCAAAUCCAAACCCUUUCUCACUUCACUUGUUUUUUCUCCUGUCGGUCUCUCUCUCACACACACGCGCCCCACAGCAAGCAUUCAUACAUGCAAGUCCAGAGUAAAGAGGGGGAAUCUUUGCGGAUGAGAAUGGAGUCUUUGCGACGGAUCUGCGACAGAGAGAUCCCCGUUGCACUGCAGAAAGUCGACUCCUUUGCGGCGACGUUUGAUCAUUUUCUGGAUUCGACCACUUCCACAUUAGAUGAAACCCUCCAAAAUCAAGGGAAAUUAGGCAAGUUGAAAUCUAGCUUGCGGGAAGCUGAGGAUGACUUUGUUAAAGUGCUGGCGGUGAAGACUCGUAAGGAGGCUAAACAGUUGGCUAUAAGGGACUCCAUUUCUGCUACGAGAGCUAGAAUAGAAGAACUUGAAAGAACUUUGCAAGUUCAGAGGGCUAGGAGGGAUGAAUAUGCAGCAAUUAUGUCCCAACAAUCUGUUGAAAAGGGAAACCGAGACAUUGAACAUAUAGGAGAAAUUCAAGAGGCGAUAUUAUGGUAUAAUAAGGUUCUUGGUUUCCAAAUUGAAGGCGGAAGAGGGGUGAAAUUCACAUUCAACUACAUCAAUGUGAGCAAUCCAUAUGAGGAGUACAAUUUUACCAUUCGCCAUGAAGAGGAUACAUAUUCUUUGUUGGCUUGUAAACCCCACUUGAAUGACACCAAAGACUUGAUCCGCGAGUUGAAUAGAACCAAUGGCUUAUUCAAAUUUGUUAGAAUAAUGAGAGAGAAGUUUCAAGAAGCUGCUUCACUUGGAGGAACUUUGCCUCAAUCCUCAACUCUUCAUCAAGAGUCUGCAACAAUAGCUGCGUCUGCUCCGGCUAUGUCAGUUUCAACUGACACAAGUGACUCUCCUGUGAAGGAAAAUGUGUAUCCACAUGAAGUAAAAAGACAGUCAAGAAAAGUUAAUCUUGGAAGAGGGGCUAAACCAUCAAUUUUGUCCCCUGCAUCAGUUCGUCGGUCCCCUCGUUUUGUUAAGCGCAAGGAAUGAAGAUAAAGUGAAGCUGGUGAUUGUCCCAGCGUGUUUGGCAUGUAUUGUGUGUGUUUUGACUUGCUCAGCUAAUCAUAGUUUCUGACUCAUUUGCUUGGCACUGGACAUGUGUUGCAUGAGCCUGAUUUAUGUAAGAAAGUUUGGUUGAAAGAGAUCCCGCGGCAAAGCUUUGCGACCCAAACAUUGUCCUCCAUCAACAACGGUAUUACCUGAAUGCCACCGGGGGUAUAUUUAUAUUGUUAUCCUGUAACAAUGAAUUUACGACCGAUGGAAUGUAAAGAACUCAUCAUAAUAAUUUUAGAUUCAUCAACAUUAGACGCUAGAA